CCCGUCAAUCGUGUCAUUCGUCAUUUGAAGAAUGGUCAUUAUAGUAAUCGUGUGGGAGUCGGAGCUGGUGUUUAUCUAGCCGCCGUACUAGAAUACCUGACAGCUGAAGUCCUCGAGCUGGCUGGAAAUGCCGCUAGUGAUAAUAAAAAAAGUCGAAUACAACCUCGUCAUCUUCUGCUGGCCAUCAAGAAUGACGAAGAGAUUGAUCAACUACUGAAAGACGUCACCAUCUCUCAAGGCGGGGUCAUGCCGGCGAUAAACCAAUUCCUUCUUCCU